GUGAAUUCAGACUGAUUUUCAUCGAUGGCCAUUGAAGGUAGUUUAAAUUAUGACGCAAGCAACCAAACCACAGAAUAUGGCGACAUUGGCUAUUAUAUGUUUGACUAAUUUACAACAUAUUCCGGUUACAACAACGUAUACAUAACUAAAAGUUAUUGACAGCGAUCUGAUGACAAAUGGAUUGGUACGCAUACAAAUAUUUUGGAAUUUAAGUGAUUAAGUGUUAUAAGUGGUUAAGUUUAAGAGUGAAAAAUAUAAAUUUUUAAAUAUUCAGCUGAAGUCCUGCAAUUAACUUUGAGAGCAUCGCUAUCAAAGUAAUGCAUAUACACGAUAAAUGUACUUUCAUAUAAUUAUUUCAGCUUGUUUUUGGGUAAGUUAAACUAAUUAAAUCAAUAAAUGUGUAAUUCUAUACUAUAUUUUCUCGCCCUAGAUUUUAGCAUUAGUCAAUCCUUUGAGGGAAUGCAAUUUAUUUUAAUUGCGAUGCAAGGUUGCAGGACGCUGCCAGAACGAAGGCGAAGGAAUAAUUAAUGAAUGAAUGUUGAAAACAUUCACUUUUUCUUCACGGACUGUUUUGCUUUUAUUUUUUAGGUCCCAAACACAUUAGAACUUCUUUAUAAUCAAACUUGGGUUUCUUAAAUUUGCGCUAUAACUUACCAAUAUGAACUGCAAUUUAUAUCACAACAUUUUGUAAUAUGAAUUUGCUAAAUAGGUGCUCUUAAUGAUUUUUUAUUUCGUAUACUUUCUAGAAACAUAAGUUUUCCUUGUGACACCUUUAGCGAAGUUAGACUGUACGCGGACUUUGUGCAAUUUUUGCGUGUUGAGGAAAAUCCAGCCUAAUCGCGUGCUCGCAAGAAAACAUCUCCUGCAGCUGUCCCGGCAGGUAGCUAAACUGUCUAGCGCCAGCUGCCUUUUCCUUGGGGAUUUCCCCAGAAGAUCUUCCAGUGGCAGAGUGCCGGUGUUUUCCCAGUAAACAGCAGCAGGUAGCCGAUGGCUUGACUUAAAUACCAGGACACCCCGACCUCAGACAGCACUGCACUCUGGACACUCAAAGCGAACAGAUCUCUGCGCAGCACUCAGAUUCCCAGUAAAUCAGUUGGCAUAUAUUCGAUAAUGGCCGAGCUACUUUUUCCACAACUGGAGCGUCCUUUGCCCUCGCUGCCAUCGCUGCACUACACCCUGUUUGCCUACAGGGAGGAGUUGAGACGCCGCGAUGCCCCGUUCAUGAAGAUGUCCACCAUCAAGCUGCACCUCACGGACAACCUCAUCCUGCAGACGAUCAAGAACAUCCGGCAGUACGACACCAUAGAGAUUAUGAAUCUCAACCAGGAGAUCAACUUCAAGCGGCGGCUGACCAAGCAAAUGAGGAAGGUGCGCAAACUGGAGAAGCUCGGCUUGCACAUCGAUCCCCGGAAACUCAACGAGGACGGCCAAUGGCACUGAAGUCCGAUUAAAUGGAACUCCAGAACCUAAACUCCCUAUCUAAACUCUAUCGUACUCAUACACACACCCCCACACUAUACUUACAUACUCUGAGCAUGUGAAAUUAGAUCGUAAGCAAAGCUCCUCAAGUUUCUAAAACUCCAUAAGCCAUACUAACCAUAAUAAGUCUAUCUGUUUUAAAAAGAAAUAAA